UCCCGAUUUUGCUAGCCGGCCCUGUCCUACCCUACUCUCGCGUCUGGUUGGUCGAACAACAGCCGCGCAGCUCCCGCUCCGUGCCAGUCACGGUAUACCUCCGAUCAAUCCCAACGACCAUUUUAGCGGAGCGAGACCGGCCUGGCACGACCUCAACCGCCAGUUUGCUGUUAUUCAUUCCAGCGUCAGCCCGCCAGCGAUCAUUUUUCAAGCUAACAAGCGACCCAAAGAAACUGCGUGCGCUGUAGACAAUUAUUCUUCUGGUCGCUAUGAAAACCGAAAGAUCGUGGUCUUUCAAAAGAGACGAAAUGCUGAUUGAAUUAGUCAAAGCCAAGCCUGGUUUGUACGAUCUGCAGUCGCCUCGUUACAGCGACAAUAAUUACAAAAGAAGCGUGUGGCAAGAAAUUGAGAAAGCAGUUGGCCAAUCCGGCGCGAAAACUCGCUGGGAGUCGUUAAGAGGACAGUACAGAAAGUACCUUGCGAAAACGAAGAGGAGGAUGAGCGAGGAACCGACGGGAAAAUUCCGAAUUAAGUGGCGAUAUCACGAUCAGAUGUUAUUUUUAUCGGAUCACAUCAACAGCGAAGGGCCGCGUACAUCCUCGAUAACGAACGAGGAGAAUGACAUUCCGAUAGGGGCGGAAGUUGACGCGGAGAGGGACGUUAAAGAUAGUUUACUGCUGCAAAUGGACCGCGAGGAUGUCGAAUCCGAAAAUGAUGGUACCAACUCACUGAUCCAUCAGAAAAGAAGAAAGCCAAUGGGUGUAGUGUCGUCGUCGGGAGACGCCAUUGAAACUUUACUGAAAUAUAUUUUAGAGAAGCAAGAAGAGGAAAGAAAUAUUCAACCUAUAGAUCAUUUUUUCAAACUAAUGGCGGACACGGUGAAACACUUCUCCCCGGUUGAGCAACACUAUGUAAAAACGAAAGUAUUUAAUUUGGUGAACGAAAUCGAGGGAAAGUAUUUAGCUUCACCCUCGACGUCGUAUAUACCUGCAGCGUCCACAUCUUUACCUUCACAUUCUGUUAGAUAUUCUCAAUAAAUAACAUAAUUAUUUUGUCGGCGCACUGAAA